AUGGCAGUUGCUGCUGCUGGAGAUGUAGCCCCACCAGCUCGAGAAAUGGCAACUGAGAAUGAGUCCCUACCAACUGAGGCACGAGAGCCAACGAAUUUGAACGAGCCCCAAUCAAUGCAGACACGAGUUCUUGCAAGUGAGAAUGAGUCUCCGCCAAUUCAGGAAAGAGAGCAAGCAAAUCAAAAGGAAUCACCACAAAUGCAGGCACGGGAAGUAGCAAAUCAGAAUGAGUUUCCACAAAUUCAGGCACGGGUGCCAGCAUGUGAGAAUGAGUCUACGCCAAUUCAGGAACGAGAGCAAGCAAAUCAAAAGGAAUCCCCACAAAUGCAGGCACAGGAACUAGCAAAUCAGGACGAGUCUCUACCUAUUAAGGCACGGGAUCUGGCAAAUGAAAAUGAGUCUCUACCAAUGAAGGCAAGGGUGCUAGCAUAUGGGAAUGAGUCCCCAGCAAUUCAGGCACGAGAGCUACCAAAUCAGAAUGAGUCUCCAGCAAUUCAGGCACGGGAGCUGGCAAAUCAGAAUGAGCCCCCAGCAAAUCAGGCACGGGAGCUAGCAAUUGAGAAUGAAUCCCCAUUGGUUCAGGCACGGGUGCUAGUAAAUGAGAAUGAGUCCCCACCAAUUAAGGCACAGGAGCUACCAAAUCAAAACGAGUCUCCUCCAAUCCGAAGAGCAGAGAACCAAGUACCACCUGCGAGACCAGUUCGCCCACAUCGUCAAAUCCCAGUUAACCGAUUCAGGGCUCGUGAAGUCAAAGUCACGAAGAAACUGGCACUGGUUACCAUAGUAUUUGUCAUUUGUUUCCUCCCCUUUCCCAUCUUGAUUAACGUGUCAAACCCGUUUUAUGCUGUUGUUGGAUUUUGUGUUAUUUGGAGCAACUCUGCAAUGAAUCCAAUUAUCUUCGCCUUCAAACACCCCGAUUUCCGAAAAGUGUUUGUAUGUAUCUUAACCGGGUCUUUUAGUAAGAUUCCAUUCCCAUCCCGACAAUUGCGAGCUAUGUUACGAACUCAAUGA